AUGGUGACGCUGGAGAGACAGAUGGCGCCAGGAACAGACUGGAACAGGGGCACUAGGGGUAGCAUCCCGAAAUGCAGUCUUCGAGAGGGGACACCCAACAAACAGCUACAGACUCCACAAACGAAAGAAACCGCCAGCGUCUACCGAGAGGGGGAUGUAUCGGUCACUUGUAAGUGCGGAAAGGUGUGCAAGAACCAACACGGUCUACGCAUUCACCACGGGAAAUCAGGUUGUCAACGUGUGAGGUCACAAGGACAGCGCUUAGCCAUCUUGGCUAGUGAGACGCAGGAGUACUCCAGUCUGGAUUCAACCCACAGUACUGAAGAACUCUCAGUCAAGGAGACCCCACAGGAUGCCUUCCGAAAUCUUGAGGAGGACGAGGACCCCCUUUUAGAGCUCUUACAGACUCAAAGCAGCCCUGAAGCAAGCCAGGCGACCGGUCCAGAUAGAACACAGCAAGACACUGCCACUAGAACCAGGAAACCAAGGAUAAAGUGGCCCAAGGCUUCAGACAAGACAUCAUGGACCCAACUGGACGAGGACCUAGAUAACAUCCUCGAAGCAUCCAUGCAAGGACCAGUAGACCGGAAGCUGUCCACCCUCACAACCUUGAUAUAUUCAGUAGGCAAGGAGAGAGAGGAUUGGACUUACACUGCUCAGAGAUACAGUUCGGUCACAGAUGAUAUCAUUACGGAAAGCCGAAAACAGCAAAAGAAAGACACGGGAACGGGCAAAGAAGAGGGCAGCCUUCACAGCCAACCCAAACAAGAAGAAGAGAACAACCUUCAUGUGGCCCAUUCUGACCCCAAUCGAGAGGACGUGCUAGGAGACUGCAACCGAAUAGAUCCAGCGAAGCAACCCGAAAAACAGCUGAAUGCGACGGAACCAACGCUAGGCGAGGUGAAGGAAGCUGUGAAAAAGGCCAGAGCUGCCUCAGCGCCAGGACCCAAUGCCAUCCCGUACAAAGUGUACAAGAUGUGCCCACUGCUUCUCAAGCAUUUAUGGAGGCUUCUCAAAGAAGUCUGGAGGAAGGGGGAUGUACCAGAGGCUUGGAAAGAGGCAGAGGGGAUAUUUACACCAAAGGAACACAAUUACAAGACGGUCAACCAGUUCCGAACGAUCUCGUUGCUCAACGUCGAGGGGAAAAUAUUCUUCGCCAUCCUUGCAAGAAGACUUACAUCUUUCAUGACAGCGCUCCGACACUACCAUGUGGGCGGCCACAUACAGAAAAUCAUCACCAGUUACCUGGAUGGAAUCAAGCUCCGGUUUACAGUUGGUGACCAGUUAACCAGAUGGCAGAGGUUGGAGAAAGGAAUCGUUAUUGGCUACACAGUUUCCGUGGUGCUCUUCAUCAUGAGGAUGAACCUGCUGAUAAAUGCUGCCCAACGAGAGACACGUGGACCAAAGACAGAGUCAGGAAUCUAUCUCCCAUCGAGCAGAGGCUUCAUGGAUGACCUCACAUUGACGACAACAACACAUGUCCAAGCUAGAUGGAUGUUGACAGCCCUGACGGAUAACGAAGAGAUUCCUUCCAUAGUCACAAGUCCAAAUAAAUGCCUGGGCAAGUGGUUUGAUUCAAGCCUACAAGAUCGCGACAAUGUCAAGAAGUUAGAGCAACAGGUAGAGGAGGGUCUCAAGAAGAUAGACCGCUGCGGACUACCCGGCAAGUUCAAAGUUUGGCUCUUCCAGCACGCACUGCUCCCAAGACUAAUCUGGCCGUAG